UAACCUAACCUAAUCUGAACUCACAAUCAGAAAAUAUACAAAAUAACAGAUACGCCGGGAAUGCUGACCGUCAAUCAAGAGCAAGUGCCUGACUCCUAGCAUCAUGUGUUUGUCACUGUAUACAUAGGUUAUGAUUGCCCAUGAACAACCUACAGACUUUAAAAUUCGUAUUCUUCUCAAUGACAUGUCUAGCUGCAAUAGCCGUUAUUGCAGUUUUGAUGUCUCAGGAAAAUCAUGUGACCAAGGGGAUAAAUCACCUUUCUAUUUUCACUGAUAAAGCGACCAUUUGCUAUGAAGACCAACCACUUCGUGAUGACAAAGGGAAUACCUCGGGGAAUACCAACAUACCGAUCAUAUACUUUGUCACGCCAACAUAUCCUAGGCGAGAACAAAUUCCAGAGCUAACUAGAUUGGCGCAAACUCUGAUGCAUGUUAAUGACCUUCGUUGGAUAGUAGCUGAUGACAAUACAAAGUGCAAUCCGCCGCUUGUUAAACUGCUCAAGAAAUUUGGUAUCCCACUAACUGUCAUAGCUAGUCCGAUGGCCAAGAGGUUCUGGAGCAAUGAUAAAAUGAAAAUGCCAAGGGGAGUCGCCAAUCGACGAGCUGCUCUAGCUUGGAUUCGAAAUAAUGUAAAAAGAGGAGUCUUGUACUUUGGCGACGACGACAAUACUUUCGAUUUAGAGCUUUUUGAUCAAAUACGAUACACUAAAAAAGUUUCCAUGCUGCCAGUCGGCUUGAUUGGAGAAUUCGGAGUGAGUUCACCAGUCGUUGAGCAGGGCAAAGUGAUUGGCUUCUUCGACUCGUGGGUGGCUGAUCGAGAAUUCCCAAUCGAUAUGGCCGGAUUCGCAGUGUCCGUAGAGUUCUUGAACAAAUCACCCGAAGCCACCAUGCCGUACAAAGUGGGUUACGAAGAGGACAUGUUUCUCAAAAGCUUGGGACUCCACGUUGAGGACAUAGAACCAGUUGCUGAAAAUUGCACAAAGAUUCUAGUUUGGCACACGCAAACGACCCAAAAACCUGUAGCUACCUUGCGACUAACGUAUGAGCAAUCGGGCACAUCACUAGAUAAACUACUUAAAGAAUUAUAUACGUAUGGAGUAGCAUCUCGUAAUUAUGAAAAAGGAGUCAAGACUUUCUACACAAGUGGAAGAAUUCGAACUGAAGUCUGAAAAAAACGAACAAAGUUCUUACUUGCAAGAUAUCUGAUUGGUGUUCCUACUAUAAUUAAUCUGACACAAUGUAGAUCUGUUUAUAAAGGUAAAAUAUUUGGCCUUACCAACACGCAAGUUUGAUUUGCCAUACCUAGUAAUAAAUACCAUUGUAGAUAAUGUAGAUCAAAGUUACCUACAGGGCACCGGCAGUAA